GUAAAAGAGGUAGUACCUGGACGUUUCAAGAAAGGACACUGAUGGGUCGUUCAGACGUGUGGCACAAAAUCAAAGUCGUGAGAGGCACGCAAUAUGACAAAGAGACAGUACUGAAAUCUAUACUAGCUGCUAUAGAGCCAGCAGACAUGAUUCCUGUACAAUAUCAAGCCAGUGGAGAGGACACGAUAUUCCUGGCACGAAACUGUGCUCACGCUUUGGACAAACUCUGCAAGACCAGUUUGAUAAUUAAAAACCCAGACGGAGAUCCUCUGCUCUUAAUCAUAACUUUGGGAUUCGCGUCUGUUCAUGAUAUAAAGAUCAACAUGCAACCAUUGCUUCGAACUGCUCUCGAGGCCAGAUAUAAUGCCACGAAGAAAUCCUUAAACCUAGAACAGUUUCGAAGAGAUCCAGAAAUGUCUAAGACUAUUUACUCCCCAUUGUCGCAACCAAAGGUUUUCAGUUACGUUCUCAAAUUGGCGAAGAGUUCGAUAGGUACGGUCGAACACCUAAACUUACAGAAAAACGAGCUCUACAGUUUAACUGCUAUGAACGGUUUGAACUUAUCGAUCAAGUAUCUCGAUUUAAGGCACAACAACCUAAUGAACAUGGACGUUCUCUCGCCGCUGAAAGGCACACAUAUCACUAAAUUAUGGCUAGACGGGAAUCCGUUAUGUGAAAAUUACUGCAAGCCGCAGCGAUACAUAGACUCAGCUUUAAAAUAUUGCCCAAACUUGGCCGAAUUAGACGGUGUGCAUAUAGGAACGUCCGAGCUGAUGCGAAGUUAUACAAACUAUUUUAAGGACGAGUCCAGGGAGGAGUUAGUCACCAAAUUCGUUCACCACUUUUUCAAUCUCUACGAUCAUAACGAUCGGGCGAGCCUACGUGGGCUGUAUCACCCGAACGCGUUCUAUUCAAUGAGCUUUGGCAUCGCACACGCUUUAGCUCACAAAAGGAAACUGACACAAUUCACGGCCAGUCGGAACUUGAUGAAAAACGUAGAUGCCACUAAGAAGCGGCAGCAUCUCUACUACGGCCAGGACAACGUCCUAGCUAGCCUGAAGAGAUUACCGAAGUCCUAUCACGACAAGAAUUCGUUCGUACUAGACCUGCUCUACGACGAUGGGAAAUGCCUGACGAUCAAUGUCAGUGGAAUAUUUAAAAACUCGUUCAACACGUCACAGAUCUUGUGGUUCAGCCGAACGUUCAUCAUCCAAGCCUCUCCCAACAACUGCGAGUACAAUAUAUUGAACGAUCAGUAUUACGUAGACGCGACGAUGGAAGAGAUACCAGCGAGCAGCAUCGAUUCGCAGAUACCCUACGACGAGCUGCCUACCAUCGCUUCCUGUUUCAGCAAGUUCGAGAAACAGGAAAUGCUGGAGAAGCUCGCGGAAGUAACCACGCUCAACGACGACUGGUGCAGAACGUAUUUGGAGGAAUCCAAAUGGGAUCUACGAAAAGCAAUUACGAAUUUCAUGAAGGAUUACUCGUCCUCCUCGAUUCCCUCGAAUGCAUUUUAAAUACAUCAUCUUUUGUUCGUACAGAACAUUUGAAUAAGUUGUAAAUGUUAUAUGAAAUAUUUUUUAUAAUAUAGAUCGUUAACUAUG